AUGAUGCCAAACCAAAUAACCGACGACCUUGAGAACAACCGCGCUGAUCAGAGCAUUUCUCCUGCCUAUGAUGCAGGGGCCCCGAAUACGGAUGUUCCUCCGGCUAAUAAAUCCGACGGAGGAUAUGGCUGGGUCUGUGUCGUUGCCAUGCUUCUUAUUACAGCCCACACGUGGGGAGUCAACGGGGCUUUCGGUGUUUACCUCGCACAUUACCUCGACAGCAACACUUUCCCUGGGACAUCUGAGCUUACAUAUUCUUUCAUCGGUGGCUUAUCUAUCUCUCAGAUCACAUUUAUUGCCCCUCUUGUCACAAAGUGUGUUCAUACGUUUGGCACUAGACCUACACUAUUGGUCGGCGUGGUGCUUGAAACUGGUGGAUUGAUUGCGGCUAGCUUUGCAACGAAAGUCUGGCACCUCUUUCUCACACAGGGUCUUCUCUUCGGAUGGGGUUCGUCUUUUCUCUAUGUUGGGGCAGUGGGUAUAGUUCCCCAAUGGUUUGAGAAGCGCAAAAGCGUCGCGAACGGAAUCGCUGCUGGAGGAAGUGGACUUGGCGGGCUGAUUUGGAGCCUGGCUACAAGCUCGAUGAUCCAAAACUUGGGUCUACCAUGGGCCUUCCGGAUAACUGCUAUCUGCGUCUUUGUGGUCAACAUCACUUGUGCUUUUUUGAUGCGGGACCGAAACAGCGAUCUCAAACCCAACCAACACUCCUUUGAUUUAUCGCUUUUCAAACGUUACGAAUUUGUGCUGCUCGUCGGAUGGGCCUAUUUCAGCACUCUGGGAUACACCAUCAUCCUAUUUUCUCUUCCGGACAAUGCUGUCAAAGUGGGACUUACCUCUCGACAGGGCGCUAUCGUCGGGGCUUUGGCAAAUCUUGGAAUGGCCAUUGGGCGGCCUACGAUCGGGCUUUUGAGUGACUAUGCUGGUCGAAUAAACGUGGCAACGGGUGCUACUUUUCUUUCCGCUCUUUAUUGUUUGUGUAUCUGGACGUCAGGUAAUUCUUAUGCGGUGUUGAUUGUCUUCGCUGUCCUUGGUGGUUCGGUAUUUGGAACUUACUGGGCGACAAUUGGACCUCUGCUCAAUGAAGUUCUCGGCAUUCGAUUGCUUCCUGCCGCUCUGUCCAUUGUCUGGACAGUGAUUGUCCUUCCAACCACCUUUGCGGAGCCAAUCGCUCUGGAACUUCGUCGCCGCCGCAGCCCUUACUACCUCGACGUUGAAGUGUUCUCUGGGUGUGUCUUUAUCGCGGGAACCCUUUGCCUGCUCGCCUUGCGACAAUGGAAAAUCCGAAUGUCGGACAGAGCACCCGACAAAGUGAAUGGGAGCCCGGAUAAGCCAACCCGGUUGAAUUACUCAAAAAUCGCCCGUGCGCUUUCUACUACGUUUACUCUGCGGAAAGUAUAA